AUGGGCGAGUUGGUCAACUUUUGCGAUGUCAUCCAGUCCCAGCGAGACAUCCACAUCAAGCCACCUCCGAGUCCAAAGGGAAAGAGCGUGGGCAUGAGGGUAGGAACUCUCUCUCCAGUCCUCUUCCACAGCCUCGAGCACGAGACAGACGUUGUCUCCCAACUGAAGCAGAACCAUGGCAAUGACACCCCCGACAACUGCAGUGGCUCCCACGAUGUCCCGACCUCAUCCGCACCGGCGAAAAGCACUCCAUCAACGCUAUGGAUCUCCCCGAAGCAAACCAACUUGAAGAGCUACUACCACAAUUGGGACAACAGGCUGAUGCCCUCCGUCGUCACCGAGAAAGAUGGCCGAUUUGCGGAGACCCUCUUCCACAAUCCCAGCACAACUUGUUGUGGAAACAACUUCAACUCGGAGGUCCAGAUGGUCAAAGUCUCGCUCGACGGGGAGGACAACUGGCUCUACACCACUCGCGAGUUCCCCGACUCGCCCCUUCGACAUGGGAACAGGUUCUUGGCUUGGAUCCACCGGCAUCUCGACGUCGACGUUUCGCAGCUCCUCCGAGCAAAGAGCAUCACAGUCCGCGCCUUAAAUGCGUCCAAAACGACCCAGCCAGAAAAGCCAACAUCAGUAGUAUGGACUGACCGUCAUUGUGACUCGCCGGAUUCCCGUCAAGCUCACCAACAGACGGCAAGUCUUCCCUCAUACAAACGCAUAUACCUUCAGUUUCCUGAAGGAAAGGCUGAUCCCGGCUUAGGAUGCUUAUUUGGCAAUACACUCCCACUCAACCACUUUUACCAGCCCAAGACAGUCGGGUUCAUGGUAACGAAUCCUCGAGAAGACCUAUCACAAGCCCCCGAAGCAUCGUGUACACACCGGCGCCCAUCGCCGUCAAGACGAGCACAUAUUUCUCCAAAAUCCGCCGCCAUGGAAGAAGUAACCAACUGUUCAUUGAGGGACGGCCAGUCUGGAACCUUUGACUUGACAGUGAAGACCUACUUCCCUUCCCCUUCGCAACCAGGCGGCACACUAUCCCAUAUCCUUGACUGCCUUCCCCUCGGAUCUGAAGUGGAGAUCCGUGGGCCGACAGGUGACAUUACCUACCACGGAAACGGCCACUCCUCUGUUUGA